AUGGGGCCCUGUUUGCGCUAUGUUCAGCCUCCGUUCCAUCUACUGAUGAGCCAGCAAGGCCCCCAAUUGUCGGGCUUGCAAGCGCCAGAGCCCGAUCGCGACACUGCUCUCUUGCUCGACGGUCUCGACACUACUGUCCUAACGUCGCCAAGUAUGUUCCGAGCCUUGACCGAACCUUUCGGACACAUCGUCGACAUCCGAAAUGGCGAACAGAGACAUUCUCCCUGGUGCAGCGGUCGUGCUCUGGUCAAGUAUUGUUGCUCCUCCAGUGCGCGUCUUGCUCAGCUCUCCCUGCACGGUCUCGUCGUAGGAGCAGGUCGCAUCUCAGCUACUUUGGCUCAGCCCCGAUCUUCUGCCAGCUUAGGACAGCACGAUUCAGUCAAAUGCCCUGUCGACUACACGAAUCCGUCCAGUCUCGCCGCUACGCCCGGCACGGGGCCGGGUGGUUGCAACCGAGGUGACAGCAUGCCACCGCCGCUACAGUCACACCGUGUAACUCCAAGGCAACUCGAUGACACACUUCCUAGUAACAAAUCAACGCAUAUCACCGCACAGCGCGCCUUCGACAGUGUCAGCGCUGCCGUCGUGCCGUGGCAGACUAACGCGACGAGCGGAACGUGUGACGAUGCUGACUUGGUUGACCGGGUAAGUUUCUGUCGUUCCGCAUACAGCUCUGACUCGCCUCCUUCGAAGCGCUGCAGCGAUCCUGAUCGUCCAGAAUUCUUGUCUUUUCAUCUACAGCGCACUCUUCCUCGGCCCAUCGGCGAUGAGCGUCGAAGGUCCAUCCGCACCACAAAGUAA